ACGAACGGUUCGCGUUCGCGACGUCUGCGCCGUUCGAUGCGUUCGCGUUGGUCAGCCACAGUCAGUUCAGUUUACAUCAUGGCUUCGUUCGAUCGGGAUCGACGCGUCUGGAGCGGUCCGCGGCAACCGUGCGUUUUCAAUCCCCAGUGUAACUUCGGUCAGAUCGUCCUAAACCUGCUCGAACGGUCCACCGAAAAGGUGAUUCAAAUCGAUGGCGAUACCGGCCGGACAAUGACCCGGGCCGAAAUGCGCCUCCGGGUGGUCCGGGUGGCACAGAAUCUGCAAAAGCUCGGCUAUGGCGUCGGGGACAUCGCGUCCGUGGUGGCCGUCAAUAGUGAAAAUUUGGCGCCACUCGUGCUGGGCCUGCAGGUGAUCGGUGUCGGAUUUAACGCCCUGGCGCCGACCUUCGACGAGGACGAAAUGGCACACAUGAUGCGGCAAACGCAGUCCAAGCUACUGUUCUGCGACGCCGAUAAUUACGACACGGUUAAAGCCGCCGCCGACAAAGCGAUUAACGAACCGUUUCGGGUGUUUGUGAUGGAGGAUGCGCGUGACGAGACGCUCUCGGUGGAGCAGCUAUUCAAACCGACCGGAACGGAGCAUGUGUUCUAUCCCCGAUAUCUAGGCGAUUCGUACAAACUGAUUGCAAACAUCACCUGCUCUUCGGGAACGACCGGUCUUCCUAAGGGUGUCUGCUUUUCCCACGCACAAACAAUCUCCGGCUUCUGCAAAGUAGCAAACUUCGACGACGGAAUUUGCUUGAACUUCAGCACACUCUACUGGGGAACGGGCGUCUACGUGCUGAACAUGGCCGUAAUGAACAACUCGACACGACUGAUCACGCGCCGGCCCUUUUCGGCGGAUUUGUUCUUCGAGCUGAUCGGAAAGUACAAAAUCAAAUUCCUGUACACACCAGCCUCGUACGCGACGGCCAUCAUCGGCGAUCCACGCGUGUCCGGUACCGAUUUGAGCAGUAUUAAAGUAUGGGCUCUGGGAGCUUCGAACGUGUCCGAAGCGAUCCGCGAUGCGGUGGACGCAACGCUAAAGCCAACCGGACGGUCGUACAAUUUCUACGGAACGUCCGAGUGCGGUUUCCUGGCGGCCGACUUCCUUAAACGUAAACCGAAUGCGGUCGGUAAGGUUGGAACCAAUAUGCAGGCGCGCAUAAUCAGUGAUUCCGGUGAACCACUUGGAGUUGGUGAGCAGGGUGAGGUGGUGGUGAAGUCGGUUGGAAUUCCCUUUUUGGGUUACUACAAAAAUGAGGAAGCGUCCCGUGAGGCACUGGAUAAAGAUGGUUGGUUUCUAACCGGGGACAUUGGAUUCUUCGACGAAGAAGGGUACCUUCACUUGGUGGAUCGUAAGAAGGACAUUCUGAAAUAUAUGGGUAACCAGGUGUCUCCCUCGGAAGUGGAAGCUGUCAUCCAGCAGAUCCCCGAGGUGCUGCAGGUGUGCGUUACGGGUGUACCCAAUGAGGAUAAAACAUCGGACCUGGUGACGGCCGUCAUUCGAAAGUUUCCAAUGGCACAGUUGUUGGCUGAAGACGUUGUUGAGUUUGUGGCAAACCGGCUGAGUGAUGCCAAACACAUACGAGGGGGCGUGCAUUUCGUUGACGAGUUUCCCAUGACGUCUAAUGGAAAAAUUAUAAGAAGAAAAGUUCGCCAAAUGCUGCUGGAUGGAAUCAUUGAUAUUUCAUUUAUUCCCCGAAAUUCGGGAAUAACAAUUCUUCUUUUGAUAAGGUUGUCGGAGCAGCUGCCUCUACCUAUGCAAAUGGCCAACCAGCUUCGCCUGAGCUCGCUGCAAAAUUAAACUUUGCAUUGAAUGCAACACCAAUGUGGCCCCAGAAGAUUCCGGAAAUCAUUAGCCAAGGAUGAACACUUUUCACCUAACACACUUAUGAAACGCCAUUACGGCACUCACCCUGUAGCAUAAUGAUUACGCUGAAUUCUCCUUUUAAUGUUAAAUCCAUCGUUAGCACGGAAGCCGCACCCUCCUGCUGCAUUCCUCCUUCACCUGCUCCUUCCCGCCAGAGAUGACGACGACGACGACGAAAUUCAUUACGCUUCGCCUUCAGUACGUUUCAACGCCUGAUAAGAAGCUCGUGAAUACAAAAUAAACCAUAUUUUCAUUAUCUGGCAUCGACAUCAAUCCUUUCCUCUUCAAACCACCCACCCACCUUCGACCAGCUUGCUCAUCAGCCCCGACUGUGGGCGCUAUACAAACCAAACUGGCGUCAUUCUUCAGCGACCUCCAGAGCAGCUUUGCGACGUCUUCCCAGCAGCAUUUCCUGGCGCUGGCAGUCGAUCCGGAUGAUGUAAGGUAACGAAAAAAAAAACAGAAAAGGAAAAAAUGUACGGAACUAAUGAAUAUUUCAUAAAUCGUUCAUUUCCCGACGCUUUUCAAGCGUUCCCGUACCUACCCCCAACCGAAACCGCUCGCUGGAGUGGGUCAUCGUGCCACCUGAGUGUAUGUCUAAGAAAAGCUACGCCCGCUGGCUGCGGCUGGCUGGUGAGAUGGAGAAGUAAACUUUCCUCGCAAUGAGCGGGAAAAAUAUUGUGUUAUCAAAUAAUUAAUCUGUGUGUUUUUCGUGGGUUUUUAUUGUCAUUGCGAUUGCUACCCGCGAUAGCGGCUGACUUUGGCAAGAAAAUGAGUUUCACUUUGUGGCGUCUGGCGUUUCGGGAACCAGAUGAGGUGGAAGGUUUUCCCUCAUUGCCUUCAACGUAUAUGGUUCUAGGUACAUAUACGACGGCUUGAACAAUCGUCGCCCAACGCGUUUGGUUUUCCGCUUAUUGAAUCUCCACGUGUACCCCGGGGGCGGAAACUUUACUGCUGCCAGAUGGGACAUCCGAAACCGAACCCGAGAUGGAGGAAUUCGAAGCCAGAAUUCCAUUCGUUUCCUCCACCAGAAGGAAACGCGUAUGGUACGAUGCUGCGAUAGGAUUAACGAUAAUUGGGUAAUAAAAGUAUCUCUGAAAGAUGACAAUAAAAGCGACACGAUGCUUCUGAAAGGAUUUUAAUUACGUGCAUACAAGGUGUCAAUCGAAGCCUAGGAUCUACAGCUAUGUGCCAUAUUCUGUUGGGAACUGGGUAAAGCUUCAAGGUCUUUAACGCACUUUCACUUGGCUGAAUUUGAGACUAAAUUACAAUCAUCAAAACUAAUCCACUAAAUUAGUAAACCUAAACUCCUGAAAAUGGCUUAAGUGGUAAAUUUGAGGUGCACUUAAUUGCAAAGAA